GCCGCCGAAGCCGCCGCCCACGCCGAGGCCGCCGCCUCUGCUGCUGCUGCUGAUGCUGCUGCUCCUCCUCGGGGCCGGACGAGCCGCCGGGGCUCAGCGCUGGCGCUACGAGAGCUUGGAGCGGCCGGUGGACCUGGAGGGAUCCGGGGACGACGACUCCUUCCCGGACGACGACUUGGACGAUCUGUACUCGGGUUCCGGCUCCGGCUUUUUCGAACAGGAGUCGGGGAUCGAGACGGGCACCAGAAUGACCACGGACACGGCGGCCAGCGCGCCGUCCACCACGCCAUCCGGCCUCCCCGCGGCCUCCCCCGUGGCCCCUGGGGCCACCCCGUCCACAGAACCUCCUGCCCGCAGCGCGACCCCCGAGCCCCCCGAGCCCUCCGCCGGCACCCGGACCCAGCUGCGGGACACUGAGGCUCCGGGCCUCCCCGGACAGGAGGGCCCUACGACUGCGACCACGCCCACGGUUGCUCCCAUGGCCUCGACCACCCUCACGGGGGCUCCCCCGGUCGCGACCACCCCCACGACGACUCCUACCGCCGCGACCACCCCCACGGUGACUCCCACCACGGCGACCACCUCCACGGCGACCCCACCCGCCGCGGCCUCGCCCUCGACCGGCGCUCCGACUGCCCAGCCCACCUCGGCGCAGUGGCUCCCUCCUCUUCUGGCCACCACGGCCUCCUCGGCCCAUCCCACACCUCCGGCCACUCCCGCCCCAACCCCGGAGACGGAGCCCACCGCCCCGGCUCCGGUCAGCACGGCCGUGGUCCAUCCGAGAGCCGAACCCUCGCCAGAGGCGGGAUCCCGGGCUACGGACCUGCCGGAGAGCCAACCCGGAACCUCGCUGGCUAGUACCCGCCGGCCCCCUGAGCGGGCACAGACCUCGCCCCCGCAGACCCCGCCCCCCACGGCCCCGCCCUCCACGACCGCGGCCCCCGCGGGAGAGGCUCCGGUCAGCGGCGACUUCGAGGUCCCCGAAGAGACGGCGGCUCCCGAGCUGAGCAACGAGGUGGAGCCGGCGGGGGCGGGGCCGACCCCGGCCGGGGGCCAGGGCCGGGGCGGAGAGCGGGGGCCCCCCGACCUCCUGGACAACAGCAUCGACCCAGGGUCCUCGGCCGCCCAACUGCCCCAGCGUAGUAUCCUGGAAAGGAAGGAAGUGCUCAUAGCCGUGAUCGUGGGCGGCGUGGUGGGUGCGCUCUUUGCCGCCUUCCUGGUCAUGCUGCUCGUCUACCGCAUGAAGAAGAAGGACGAGGGGAGCUACACCCUGGAGGAGCCCAAGCCGGCCAGCGUCACCUACCAGAAGCCCGACAAGCAGGAGGAAUUCUACGCCUAGGACCGCCCCCGCCGGGGGUCGCCCCCCAGCCCCCUUCCCCCCGCGCUCUACCGAUAACCCCCCCCACCCCGACUCAACGGAGCGGCCGACGGAGACGACCCCCAUCCCCGCCCCCGCUCCUCCCACUCCCCACGCGGGGCCGGCCAGCCGGACUCUGGCCUACAGAGGCCCAGGGGCCGCGGGCCGAGUCGGAGAGGAGCUGCCGCCCGGGGUCUCUCCCCGACCCCUCUCCCCUUCCCCUCCCGUCCCCCUCCCCCGCCCCCCAUCCUUCCCAGUGACUUGUCGGAGCCGGGACUGACCCCGCCCGGCGGCGGGGAGACGUCACCAGCCCCGGGAGCCGCGGAGCCGGCGGGGAAGGAACGUUUUCCUUUUUUAUUCCAAGUGACAAUAGGCGGGGGAUGCGGGAGAGACACCGCAAACCUGGCCGGGCUGCGCUGGGGAGAGACUAAAGUGGGGGACUGGGGGGGCCGGGUGGGAAGGGAGGUCGGGGCACGGGGAAGGGGGCGUAGGGAAUCGGAAGAGUCUGUGGGGGAUGGGGAGGCCUGGGCGGCGGGGGCGACGGGGGUCCCGGGAGCGGGAGGGAUAGAGGGCGAGAGCUAAGGACGGGAGGUCUAGGCCCACUCCUCGCCAGCCAACAUGUGUGCACAGGGUCCGCCCGGCGGGUCCGGAAAGGGACAGCGGAGAGUGGAAUUCUAUUGUUGGGCCCAAACCCGGUUACACACAAAACACAUACAUAUACAGUCAUAUUGCACACAUAAUCACAGGCACUGCACACACACUUGCUCACACUGUCAGACGAGAUCACAGACGGCACCGUCACCCAACACCCACACGCACGCACACACACACAUGAGUCGUGGUCAUACAGCAGUAACACAGACGCAUUGUCCCAGGGCAGAGGCAACGUCCACCGCUCCCGGACACAGACUGAGUCAGGCUGGACACGCAGCCCUUGAGGACCCGGGCCCCUUCUCACCCAGCCCCAAGGCAUCCCAACCAGUUCAGCCCCCGGGCCCCCGAGCCGGAAGCAGGUUUGGGCGGGGGUGCGACAGGGGGCAGGGUCCCGAACUCCCCUCCCCUCCCUUCCUCUCCUCUCCCCCUCCCUGUGGCUUCUCUGGAGAUUCCGUGGACGGGCUGACCCCGCAGACCCGCGCCCGACCAGCUCUGGAGCGGAAAGAGGCGGGGUCGGCCCUUGGGGCCAAAAAAACCCAGUCCCAAGUGGGUAGCGGCGCCGGGCAGUCGGGCCUCCAAGCGACUCUUCCCCGUGCCCAGGGUGGGCGGCGGCCCCUCCCCCAGAAGCCAGCCUGACUCCGGAGACCCCCGACCCCACUCCCACUCCCGGGGGUGCCUGACUCGGCCCGGCCCCGGCUGCGGCCCCGUGCGGGAGAGUCGUGGGCAGCCCCGCCCCCAACCCACUCGGGACGGGCCCGCAUGGACGCAUUCAUCCCCGGAAAAGGUCCCCGCCGCCGCCCGAGGUCGGCUUCGCUGCCGGACUCCCUGGAUUCCGGUUUUCCCAUUUCUCCGUCCCGAGCUCCGACUCUCCUCCGCCCCCCACAUCCCACCUUGUUAACUAUUUCGGUUCCGGGUCUGAAACUCGAGGCGGGAAAGGUCAAGUUCACGUCGAGUAAAGAUAACAUCCGCUCCCUAUCCCCCGACCCCCCGCACCCUCUCCCCGUCCCCUUCCCCCUGCUUCCCGCCCCCUCCUCCCAUGGACUAGCACUGUAACGGUACCGGCUAUUUUUUUUAACUCUUUCUGUGCUGUGCCCGUUUCUAAGAGGAAAUAAAGUCAUUGAAACCUUG